AUGCCAAUUGAUCAAGAAAAACUAGCCAAGCUACAAAAGCUUUCCGCCGCCAACAAGGUCGGUGGUACCCGUAGAAAGUUUGCCAAGAAGACUGGUUCUUCUGCUGGUGGUAACAAGGAUGACACCAAAUUGCAAGCGCAAUUGGCCAAGUUGCGUGCUGUGACCAUCGACCAGGUCGAGGAAGCCAACUUCUUCAAGGAGGACGGCAAAGUGAUGCAUUUCAACAAGGUGGGUGUCCAGAACGCUCCUCAGCACAACACCUCUGUUUUCUACGGUAUCCCACAAGAAAAGACCUUGAACGAGCUUUUCCCAUCUAUCAUCCCUCAGCUUGGUGAAGACUCCAUCAACGCUUUGACCCAGCUAGCCUCGCAAUUGCAGGGCAGCCAGGCCGGCCAGGAGGCCGCCGGUGCUGCGGGCCAGGACGAGAAGGCUGACGCUGACAUCCCAGAGCUCACCGGCCAAAGCUUCGACGCCGACGUCGAGUAA